AUGGUUACCAGGACAUCUCAGACCUCCAAGAAGGCUCAGGAGACCCUGUCAGACUGUCCCCACCUUGUCCAAGAGGCCGAGCCCCGCCUCUCCCCAAUUUGUUGGUCUGAACAACAAAAGGACCACACCACUGUCUUCAUUGCUGCUGGUGUUUUUCUUCUUUUAUUUAGUGUCUGGUGUCUUUUACCUCUCUGUUUCUCUUCUCUCUCCUCUCCAGACUCUGUCAGGCUGGUGAAUGGGACCAGUCUGUGCUCAGGCAGACUGGAGCUGAAGUCUGACCAGUCUAACCAGAGCUGGUCCUCAGUGUGUGAAGCUGACUUUGACCAGCAGGAUGCAGAGGUGGUCUGCAGGGAGCUUGGCUGUGGGGCUCCUUCAGUCCUCCAGGGGGCGCUCUAUGGAGAAGGUGAGGCUCCAAUGUGGACCAAAGAGUUCCAGUGUGGAGGAGAUGAGUCUGCUCUCCUGGACUGUAGAAGAUCAGGCUCAGAUAGAAACACCUGCUCACCUGGCAGAGCUGUUGGACUCACCUGCUCAGAACCAGGUGUCAGGUUGGUGGGAGGAGACAGUCGCUGUGCAGGAACACUGGGGCUGAAACAUGGAGGAGAAUGGAGACCAGUGGAGGGCCGUUACUCUGGCUGGACCCUGAAGACAGCAGCAGCUGCCUGCAGAGACUUAGACUGUGGUUCUGCUGUUUCUGUAAAACGGAGAAGGCAGUCCUCACGCAGAUCUAUGUGGAGGAUCAGCUCUGACUGUGUCCAGUCUGGAUCUGCUCUGAGGGACUGUGCAUUUCCAUAUUCCUCUCGGUCUAUCCUGGAUCUCGUCUGUUCAGACCUGCUGCUUCAGCCCAACAUCUCCUGGUCCUCCUCCAUGGACGGGGUCUCUGAGGCCCAGCAGCAGCAGCAUCAGGAGGAGUUCCAGGUUUUCAGAGGCUCCACCUUCACCAUCAGCUGCUCCAUCCAGCCUCAGUACCCAGGAGGCUCCUUCCAGCUCUCCUUCACCUCCUCCACCUCAGCAAUCAACUACACCCAGCCAGCUGUCAAUCACUCUGCUGACUUCCUGUUUCCUAACCUCACCCAGCCAGCUGUCAAUCACUCUGCUGACUUCCUGUUUCCUAACCUCACCCAGCCAGCUGUCAAUCACUCUGCUGACUUCCUGUUUCCUGCUGCAGAGCCCGCCCACCAAGGAAGCUAUAGCUGUGUUUAUCACGUCCAUGUUUUCUCUCAUAACUUCUCCUCUGAGAGCCGUCAGCUCUCUGUCUCUGUUGUAGAUCCGAGACCUUUUAUCAUCAGAGCGGUCGUCCUGACGCUGAUUCUGCUGGUGGCGAACAUUGUCUUUUACUUCUAUUUUAAGACCCACAGGGUCUACAGGGUGCAGAAGCCCCGCAGACGGGAGGACGUGGAGCUGGAUUAUUAUAACCUGGGUGUUCCUGCAGCUGAAGGAGGGCCGACUGAAGAAUAAGGAGCUCAGGGAGCAGAGUAGCACC